AUGGUUUCAAGCACACUCAGGAUUUUCGAGUGGGCCCUGCUUCUGAUACCCACCCGGGUGAUUUGCAGCAACUUCUCUGCUUCGGCCUCUGCCGGCCUCUACGGCUGGGCGGCUCGGGGGCGGACGGACAAGCUAGCGCUGCUGCUGGACCAGAGCGGGGAUCUCAACUCCCGGGACUCGGGCGGGCGGACGCCUCUCCAUGGCGCCAGCGGCAACGGCCACGAGGAAGCACUGGCCUGGCUUCUCUCAAAGGAGGCAUCUGCAGACGAGGCCGACUAUCGUGGUCAGCGCCCGAUACAUCUGGCUGCUCUCGGCGGCCACGUGCAAGCCACAUCUUUGCUUCUGCAGUCUCAUGCGGCUGCCGCCGGAACUGAUGACAACGGACAAGAGCCUUUGCAUCUGGCAGUGCAGGCAGACGCACCGGAGGUGGCCUACUUGCUUUUGAUGUCGGGCGCCGACCCUGAGAAAGCAGAUUCCUGGGGCAUGACUCCCCUGCAUUGGGCAGCUUUUUCGGGGCACGUGGCUUGCACGGAACUGCUGCUGUCUGCGGGUGCCUCCGUGCAUGUCCGUGACAGCGAUGGGCAGACGCCCUUGCACUGGGCUUCCCGGGGCCACUCCGAGGUUUCCUAUGCGCUCUUGGCCUUUGGUGCUGAAGCGGAUGCCAGCGACAUCGAUGGGAGGAAGCCGGCGGACUGGGCCCACGGCGAAGGGGACUACGCGCUGGAGGCGCUGUUGCGGCAGCAGGCUCGUGAGCCGCGCGGAGGGCCACCCCCGUGGAUCAUCGAUGUUCCUCCCACUUGA